GCUGAACGCGAAGCCCGAGAACGGCAGCACGCAGAUCUCCUCAACCUCCAAGAGCAAAACCAACGACUAGUGGAUGCAAAUAGAGGCUUACAGAGAGAACUAGACUUUUUUUAGAACAACCAUCAAAUGGCCGAAAUGCAGCGAAGACACCUGAGCCAUACAUUUUUUUCGCACAUUAAUCCCGAAGCAUUUCGACAGGGUUUCCAAACAAGACGYGGGUUUUUUUCCGUACAAAGACUUGAGGACUUUGAAUGGCCGAGAGAACAGGAAAGAGCAGAGUCCAGGCCAAGUCCUCAGGAACGACAGCAUGAGCUUGAGGAACCAUUUAAUUGCCCUGGUUGUGGACUUGAAUUCUGGAGCUUCGAUGCUGGAGAACAGCACGUUCGACAAUGCCAGGCGGUCAUACAUCAAAACCGACCACCAAUCAACAACAACCAGUGCCCGUUAUGCGGAAAUGAAUAUCCUGAUCAAGACACGUUAGAAAUCCAUGUUCAAGAGUGUUUGUUUUUUUACGCUCAGUAAUACUGUUACAGCUGAUAAAACUGCUGUUUAUAAAAUCGGGAGGCUUCGAAAACGCGUCAAAACGAAAUGGGAAAACCAAGCUCUUCAAGCCCAUAGUUUUUUUUAGUUCUCUUUAUACCGGGGUACCUUGUUUUAAUUUUAAAGUGAUACCAAUUUUUUUCAUAGAUUUACAGCACUUUACAAUAAUAUAUAUUUGUGCCAUUAGUUGCGCGCCUGAAACAGAGCGUUAUAAGGAUUUAUAUAGUCACGCCAAAUAAACAAAACUAUAACACUUACGAAAUUGUUACAUACUAUUCUAUUAGAACAGGAGAAUUGAUUGUGACUUUUUUUUACCACGAAAUGUUUAUUUGUGGUAAGUAAAUAAAAAUGCUGAUUUGAAA